CAAAUAAAAUUAAUAUCGAAAGAAAAAUAUGUAACAUACUCAUUCUAUGUCGUUUCAUGUUUACUUAUAUAAUAUUUAUUUGCAUAAAAAUCCAUAUUUACUAUGUUUACGAUUAAUUGCGUCGAAGGCAGCGAGAUGGAUUGAAUACCAGGAAAGAAAGUAACGAAUAAUGUCAACGAAACGAUUACGGGAUGCAAGAGAUCUCGUUUCGAGAUUUCAAGAAGUCGAGUGGUUGGAGAGGAAUCGUGUUGCUAGCUUGGAAUCUUAAAUUACAUGCAGACGGGAUUACAAUCGUUGGAAACACUGUAUCAGUUAUAUUAUAUGAUUGUAGAAUCGAUGGUAGAAGUACAAGUUUUACAUGUAUGGAAUCGGGAUGUUUUUCAUCCACGUGGCAUAUUUUUAUACACUUUGACUCAGAAGAUGCUAUGAGGAAUAUGAGAUUAAAUUAUAAAUCGUUAUGUGCCAUUAUUGCAUCACCGGAUGAUACACAAUAGCGAUAUGAAACGAGAAUACGUAAUAAACCCACUUUAAAAAAAUUACCUGAUUUGUAUCUCAAUUUCUACGUAAUUUAAUCGUAUCUUCAAUUCCAGAGAUGAUUCUAUCUAUUCAUUUUUCUUCAUUCCACAAUUAAUAUUUGUCGCAUAAUUUUCCACCAAUAAAAGUUACAAGAUAUAUGAUUGGAAGAU